AUGCAGAUUAGAAAACCAAUUAUGUUGGAAAAAGUUAUCUGGUUCGUUACCUUUUUCGCAUUAAUCGACUUGUCGAGAUCGGAAUUAUUCAACUUCUACUCCCUCGCUAAGAUAUUUCACGUCAACGAAUUAGUUUCUAUAAAUGCAACGGAUAAUGAACUUUGGCGUGGUUUGUUAAAGGAUUGUGACAAGAAACUAACGUUCUCGUGUAUUCAAAAAAAUGCUUACACUUAUCUGGAUGGUGCUUUCAGUGAUAGGAACAAUAUUACGGUAUUCAAUGGUUUGACGCUUACGAAAAAUAAUUUAGAUUAUGGCUCGUGUAUGAUAGAAAAUGAUCAGAAGAACAUCGAUGAAAAUCUUGUCGAUGGGUCAACGAAAAAAGAUUGCUUAUUGAAAGAUGAUAACGAUGAAGAGCAGACCAAUGUAAAUGGUAUGAGAAGACGUGGUAGAACGUUAGAUGGUAAAUUUCCGUUGGAAGAAAUAACGGAUGCACUUCGACAGAAAGCAAUGAAAUUCUUGGCUACCAGAGAUUACGAGAUUCAACUGCCGAAACUUUUCUUCGAAGGAACUAUAAUGAAGAUUAGCCCACGUCAAAUCGACGAUACCGGUGCACUUGUUAGAUUAGAUUUUGCCCAAGGCGAUGUCAGUACUCAUGGAAGAUUGUUUAAGAAAAUAAAAAAAUUCAUACAAAACAAAUUGCUAUUGAGUUUUCUAGCUCUCCUACUGCUAAUCAAGUUAAUCAAAGUGAAGUUCUUAUUUGUAAUACCUUUCUUGUUUGGAGUGGGUGCUGCAAAGAAACUAUUUUUAAAAUUAUUGCUUUUUUUCAUUCCACCGUUCGCACAUAUCUUUAAGCUGUGCUCAAGUUUUUAUACGUCUUAUGGGACGAAAUAUCAUCAUCAUCACCAUCAGAUCGCUCAUCAUCAUCAUCAUGUUCCUGUUCCGGUACCGGUACCAACUUAUUACGAUCACCAUAAUCAUCACGAGGAUGACUUUAAUGGUUAUGAUUACACCCAUCCACACAUUCAAUAUCGCAAAGAUGUGGAGGAAUUGAGAGAAUGGGGUAUCGAGCCAUACGACGAUUUAUACGAGGAUGCAAAUAAACACAUUUCUGGUAUUCAACCAGCUCCUGGUGUAUUACCAGCACCAGUUGUUGCUCCAGUUUCAGGAUAUCCUACAGGAAUGACUUACAAUGGUCCUUAUGGUCUUUCCCAAUAUGCACCAAACGCCAGACCUGUUGUUUCACCUUCUUACCACGACAAGUAUCCUGCUUCGAUUUCAGCUCACGCACACAAUUUGGCCUACUCGGGAUACCUUGAUGAUAAAUACAAUCGACGUGUCGUCGAACCCAAUGGCGUAGCUACUUCCGUUAAGCCUGUCAACGUUUUAUCGACUGCUCCAGUAAAGCCAGCAAUAAAGAACAAGAACAUAAAGAAUCCUUAUGGGAUUCUAAAUCAGCAAAACGUUAGACAGGUCACGAUACCAAGGAUAACUAAAGCAGUUACAACUUUAAAGAAUUCCAUCGUUCCGUCAUUGACAGCUACACAGAUUUAUGACGAUGAAUAUUACGGACCGAUAAUAAGUCGUCUCGAAGAGAUUUUUGUUCAGUUAAGAUUUUUUGACGAAUCUUGCCGAGAGAGGCUCGUCUGCAGCAUGUACAAAAAUCCAUCCAUUUACUCACCUCACAGUAAUCUAGUCUCGAACGAAUUAUCCAGAGAUCCGCAAGAACUCAAACGUGGCACGUUGGAGAGUGCUUCCAGUCAAAAGUUUCAUAAAUACUUAAACGCAGCGAGAAUAGGUCAAGAUCGAGGCGACUGUGUACGGACAUACCCCUGUCACAUAAAUACCGAAUAA